UUCUGCCUCCACCGCUCGGUCUCCCCUGCCUCCAGCUCGUCCUCCCUCUGCCUCCACGCUCCCCUCCCGCAGUCGACACCUCGACCUCCCUACUCUGCCCCAAUCUGUCUCCCAUCUCCAUCUCCAGUUGCAGCUCAGCCUCCUUCUCUUCCUCUCCUUGUCCCAAUCGGCUGUCCCAAUCGGCUAUCCCUCUCUCUGCGUCGAACUCGAUUGGGUAUGGCAUCUCCGUACAACCCAGAAAGAGUCGAUAGAGGUAGCAAGGAGAAAGAUCGCGAGGAUGAACACAGUGAUAGAUCAGUUGAUGAGGAACUUAGCAUCACAACUGUGAAGGUUGGGUAUCUCAUGAAGCAUUCUCGUCAAAAAGAUUUUGCUAAGAGAGGCACCUUCCCUGAUGGUGUAACUCCAAACGGAUUGCUGUUUCAGCGCUUGUCUUUUGAGAAACCCCUGCUACCUCAAUUAGAAGAUGUUGACAUAAUUUUGCAUAAAGCAACAGAUGAAAUCAUCUCCGUUGAUUUACGUGACUCCACAGAAUCAUCAAAUGCUAUCACUUACACAAAAGGAAUGCAAGAAUUGAAAAGAUAUAUGGAGCAGCAUGUUGAAUGCUGUGUAAUCGAUCCACUUGAUAAAAUAUAUCCUGUUGUGGAUCGACUGAAAAUACAACAAAUUCUGAAUGGGUUAGAGGAUCUUCCCAAAGGACGCUGCUGCAGCAUUAGAGGGCCCAAUUUCCUAAAGGUGUUUUGAUUGAAAAUGGUUGAUGACUUCAAUGACCCUGAGAUGGAUCAAAGACUAUCUGCUGCGAAAUUAUCCUUCCCAAGUAUAGUGAAACCCCAAGUUGCUUGUGGUGUUGCUGAUGCUCAUAGCAUGGCGAUUGUCUUUAAAUCUGAAGAUUUUAAGAACUUAAGUGUUCCUCUACCAGCAGUUGCUCAGGCAAGUAUGGACAUUCUAGCUGCUUUUGUUAUGUAAAUAUUUUUUAGUUCUAAACUCUGAUUGAGACUUCUUAGUCAGAAGACUUUAGCAGUUUAAAUUUAAUUAUAUUUGACUCUUGUUCGUAAAGUGACCUACUAACUCAAGUAACUGUAGUUUAUAAUGUGAUAAUCUUGGAUUUUUAUCACUUGAGUGUGCUACUGAUUAACUAUAUCAUAGUGCUUGUCGUUUUAGUAAGUUAUAAACGAUUGGUUUAGUGACCAUCUUAUGGGUAUUCUAUAAGAAAAGAGACUUUGUUCUGGGUUAUCCAAGUCCAGUUUUCCUCUUUAAAUUUACAACAGGUAAUAAUUGGCACCGCAGGAAUAUGUAAACCAUUCAUCAACGUUGUUCAAGAUUUAUGUCAUUGGCAAGAAAGUUUUCUAUGCCGUUAAGAGGUCUGUACCAAAUGCUGAUAUAUUGACGAAAAUGGCAAUUGAAAAUGGGAGUUCACCUUUAAUCUUUGACAGCUUGAAAUCAUUACCGACUAGCACAGACAGCUUACACGGUGGGGAGUCCUCCAGGGCCACUUUGGACCACUUUGAUAUUGAUUUAGUCACAGAUGCUGCAUAUUGGUUAACCAGAAAGCUUCACCUUACUGUCUUUGGCUUUGAUGUUGUUGUUCAGGAAGGCAGCAAUGACCAUGUCAUUGUGGAUGUAAAUUACCUUCCAUCAUUUAAGGAAGUGCCGGAUGACAUUGCCAUACCAGCCUUUUGGGAUGCGGUAAGAGAGAAGUUUGAAUCCAUGAAAAUCUGAAAAGCCUGCCAAGAAGGUCGUCUGCAACUCCCAUGUUGCAUCAUCUUUAGUUAAUAAAGCUAGCAAAAGAUUAGCUGAUGGAACUUGUUUCAUGAGCUUUGAUGUCUAGUCGGGUCUUGGGUUGAUGAAUUUUCUUUCAGCAGAAUCAGUGUAAGGUGCCAUUUGCUCCAGUUUUGACAACUUUGGGGGACCGACAAAUAACAGCUGACGAGGUUUUUAAUAUUGGUUGAUGCAAUAUUCAUGUAAUUUGCAUUUCCACUCUACCAUUGUUAAUGAGUAAUGACCGAGGAAACAAGGCCGAACUGUGCGUUUACUUCAACCGACACUCUUAUCAUGUUUUACAAAA